CUUCUUUGUGCCAUACUAUAGACUUCAUUUUUCAGCGUACUUUUGCAUCGAGAUACCCAACCGUAAUCAACAGAAAUAAAAGUCAUGGAUAUGUCUGGGAUGACCAUGGCUACGGCCUCGACCACAGCUUCUGCUGCGUCGUCUGCUAUGACUUCGAUGAGCAGCAUGUCUAGCAUGGAUAUGGGGACCGGGAGCUGCAAAGUAUCUAUGCUGUGGAACUGGGAUACAAUUGAUACAUGCUUCAUAUCAAAGUCCUGGCACAUCACCUCCCACGGCAUGUUCGCCGGUUCCUGCAUCGGCGUCAUCCUACUAGUCAUGACACUCGAAUUCCUCCGACGUCUCUCCAAGGAAUACGACCGCUACAUCCUGCAGCGCUUUAAGCGAGAAAUCGCCCUCGAUGCAUCCUACAAGCGAGCGCAAAAGGCCACGGGUGUAGAAAGCUCCUGCUGUGUUCCCGAAAACGACUCUAAUACCGGUGACAAGAACGGCACCACCACCACUAUGAACAACAAUAAUCCUCUCUUCUGUGCUGGAGCAGCACCAACGAUCCGCUUCCGCCCGACUUUCGCCCAGCAGAGCAUUCGCGCCCUGUUGCAUAUGGUCACCUUUGCGGUUGCGUAUUUUGUGAUGUUAUUGGCUAUGUAUUACAAUGGGUACUUUAUUAUUUGUAUCUUUAUUGGUGCAUAUCUUGGCGGGUUUGUGUUUACGUGGGAAAGCAUCAGUAUUGCGUCUGAACCGACUCCUGCUGGGACAGCGGCGACGGAGGAAGUGACCGUGUGUUGCGGAUGAUAUGAAUAGAGUGCUGAACGGAUAGUACAUAUGUAAAGGGCAUGAUAUUGUGAUACCAUUAGUGAAUAGCUCAAUAGACUUAUUUACCUCUACUAUAUUAAGGACUUAAAGUUGAAGCUUCUGGAGCGAUCGAUAUUUAAUCAAAUUAAAAUAAACGCAAACAUCAAUUGAUAUUGAG